AUGUUGCCCUCACCCCUAAGGUCUGCUCUGAACCCCCUCUGUGCCAUCCUGAUCCUGUUGGCCAAAGCUGUGGCAAGCGAGUGCCCCAAGCUGCCUUCGACAGGACAGGCUGGAACGCAGACAGAGCCCAGUGGCUCCGGGUUCCUGAGGCAGAGGCUGGACAGGGCUUACAGUCACGGUGAGGUAGCGCAGGAGCCUUCUGACUUCGAAGAGGAUGGUGGCCUAUUGGAGGUGAUACGAAGCUCUCGCUCCCAUCCCAGCGAGGGCAAAGACCUGAGCGACAUGAGCGAGGACGAGCGCGAGCAGCUGGAGGAUUGCCUGGACUCCACGGAGAAACCCUACCCGCAGCCCAAGCGCCCCGUCACGCUAACGCAGAGCUUUGGGAAGAUGCAUAGUCUUCGAAAAGCAAAUGUCCGUGCAGGGCCACCGUCGAGGCCAGAGGGCGGACAGCUGCCAAGAGCAAUCAAAUCUUUGCACACCCUGGUAGGUUUGAGGCAACAUGACAGUGCUGGCCAAUGA